AUGGCUAACUUGGUAAUGUUAGAAAGUGGCCAACCGCUCCAUAUUUUUGAUUAUGACACUUUACCAGCUAAGAAAAAAAUUAUUGUUCGCCAAGCCCGCCAGCUAGAAAUAAUAAACCCCCUCGCGGGUCCAACCUUAGCCCUUAACUCCGCAGACAUAGUAGUGGGUUUGGGAGGAGAAAUUAUUGAUUUAGCGGGCAUUAUUGGUUCUCGCUCCACGGCAAUAACUCCUACUACUAAAAAUAUUUUGAUAGAAUGUGCUUCUUUUAGCGCCGAAGCCAUUAAAAAAACGGUCAAGAGUUUAAAUAUUUCUUCGACUGCUAGCCGUUAUUUUCAGCGGGGAACUAAUGUAGUUUUGCCGCUCCCCUUGGUGCUCCAACGCGUAAUUUUUCUUAUUUUAGAAACUUAUGGGGGGAACCCCAAAACCGGAUUAAUGGCUCCUUAUAAAGAAGCUCGUCCCAGAAAAAUACCGCUGUUGACUAUUACUCCUAACUUUAUUAAAAAAAAAUUGGGUCAGAUAAUCACGGAAGAAGUUAUGUUAAGCAUUUAUCGCCAACUAAACUUUGCUUGCCAAAAAAAAGGUAAUAUUUAUUACAUUUCUCCACCGACGCAGCGGCGGGAUAUUACUAGUUCUGAAGACUUAUUAGAAGAAUUAUUAAGGGUCUAUGAUUAUAAUAAAAUAGUUAGUUCUUUACCUGCUAAUUUUAGCAAAAUUUCUUUUAAGGCAGAGGAGAAAACAGGCCAGAAAAAGCAACAAGUCCGCACUUACUUAGCUAAUUGUGGUUGGCAAGAAAUCAUUACUUAUUCUCUGAUUUCGCGGGAAAUGAAAGAGGAAUUCACCACCACCAGCGAUUCUUAUCGGUUAUUACUACCUAAAAAUGAUUAUCACCAAUAUUAUCGGCAAACCCUUAUUCCUAGCCAUUUAAAAACGCUAAAAUAUAACCUUUCACGUGGCAAUAAAAAUCUCUUUUUUUUUGAAAUUAGUUCGGUGUAUAGUCAGGAAAAACAAGAAGAAUUAUUAAUUUUAAGCGGAGUGGGGGGGAUAAUUAACCAAUCUCUCCAUCAAUUAACCUCCGAAGUAGAUUUUUACUGA